AUGCCACUGGAUGAGAAGUUGCAACUCUGGUUGAGACAUGAGGCGGACUUUGCAAGUGAUGAUGAGGCUGAUCCUUUCGAACCCCUUGAGCUUCUCCUCCCACUAAUCGAAAUAGGCGAGGAAUCCAAUCCCGAUGCUGACCCUGUCAUGCCAGAGCUACAGAAAUAUCGCGAGUGUGUUCUCGAGACCCCAGCGUAUGAAUGGCUCCUUGGCGAUAUUCAGAGACGUUGUCUUCUCGAACCAUCAAAUCCAGAUAUAAUGGCAAACAUUGCCAGUGCAAUCUUGCAAGCUCUACCGUCCCAGCUCUGCCUUAGCAGACGAGAAUCUGUGCCGUCUUAUAGAAUCACAUAUACUUUGGACUGGGACUUGCUUUCCUUCCUGGAGGAUCAGGAAUACAGCGAGGGCAAUGCUGAAGCGCUCCCUCUAGUCAUCACACUCACUGGCUCACGCGAAGCAGCCCAGGCGCUGACUUGCGCACAAUAUCUUCAUCAGACGUGGCCAUCUUCUGCAGGAAAAAUGCUUCAGUUACUGCAGGCUUUGUUAAGAAUCAGACCAGGGGAAACGGCCGCGGGUAAACCAUCAUAUCGAAGGGGGCAUUUAUCUUCUUGUUUACUAAUUGGCAUUUAG